AUGAGAUCCUACUAUUCCAACACUAGCACCCGAAUCCGCAUCUACAGCGAGGAGUCAUGGGCGUUCGAGUUAGGAUCUAGAGUGCUACAGGGGUGUCAAUUGUCCCUAAUGCUGUUCAACUUUGUCGUUGACUGGAUAAUGAGUUAUUCAAUGGAAGGAUACCAGGGAGUUCAGAUCCCUCCAAAUUUAUGGCCCACUGACUUAGAAUUCGCGGAUGAUAUUGUCAUCUUUGGUGAGGACAUGUCUAACCUUCAAGUGAUCGUUGGCCGCAUCAGUCUACAGGUCUCCGAGAUCGGCCUUGUGUUCUCGGAACUACUGUUAGUUCGACCUCAUGAUACCCUGUGUUUACUGGACGACGGUCUUCGUGUUGCACUGGAUGCUGAUCGUUUCACAGGCGAAUCCGGAAGCCAGUCGACCAAGCGAUCCUAUCGUCAUGUACACGUCCGUUUAACCGCCCUGCCCGUCAUUCCCGAGGUGCACAGAAACACCAUACCAUGGUCCGUAGAUGUGGGAAAAUUUAUUGCUCUGCGAGCCACGGCAAAAAAUUAUCAAGAAAUCCGGGUCCAUGAACGAUUUCGAUGUUUGGCUGUCGGUUUGAUGCCUCGUUCGAUUGCUGUGUGUUUGGAGGACGAUCUACUGGAAACAGUUAAACCGGGAGACGACGUGGUAGUUAAUGGGAUUGUGAUUCGACGUUGGCGAGCUCCGUACGAUGGUGCACCCUGUGAAAUCACUUUGGCCAUCAAAGCAAACUACAUUGAAAAUCUCUCCGAGUUGAAGACUGGGAUGAGCUCAAAUCGUUUGUCCACUGAACGGAUUGUCGAAUUCGAACGUUUCUGGUCCGAGAAUUCAACCACUUGGGCGCGUGCUCUUGAGGCUCGCAAUCAGUUGGUGCGUAGCAUCUGCCCAAAUGUUUGUGUUGACGGUUCGCUUGGAUCUACUGAGUUGAAGUCCCGUGUCCGAGGAAGUCCACACAUCUUACUUAUUGGGGAUCCGGGUACAGCUAAGUCGGUUCUCCUUCGUGCUGCCACUGACUUGAGCUCCCGGGCAGUCUUGACCGCGGCUACCGGGACCACUGCUGCUGGGCUAACAGCAACCGCAGUUCGUGAUUCACAUGGUUGGACACUGGAUGCCGGUGCGUUGGUUCUAGCUGACGGUGGUCUGUGCGCAAUCGACGAAUUUACCGCACUUCAUGGCACUCAUAGGGCGGCCGUACACGAGGCGAUGGAGCAGCAAACUAUCAGUUUGGCGAAAGCCGGUCUAAUGGCUCGAUUGAAUUGUCGAUGUUCCGUUCUGGCCGCGGCCAAUCCUCCGCAUUUGUGCACAGGUCUUUCCGGCUCC